UCUCCAGACCCCUCUGAUUUCAAACAAAGAUAAUUACUUGCAGACUUUAUUUUUAGUCGUUCCUCAAAAUCCACAAGAACCGUGCACCUCACCUAAAAAAAAUAUGAAGGCAAACCGAUCUGCUUCAGAGCAGAACUCCUAGUAGUAAAUCUAAUAACUUGGUUUACUUGUAAGUGCAAUAAUUUUCAUUUACUGGGAGGGCUGCUGCUCUUCAAGGUUUCCUUGCAGAGGCUUCCUAAGAAGGGAUUGGACAGCGGAGCGGCCAAUGGGCUGCAGCACAGCAGGUUAUUUGAACUGUCCUCGAUAAGCCCAGCUAAACCAGACAGCAUCAUCCGACUUUUCAAACCAAAUUCUUCAGCAGGAGUCGGUCAUCAGCUGUAACCAAAGACGUCUGAGGCUUUUAGCUCUUUAACGUCACACUUUUCAAGCAUGGGAUUUUACCGUUUCUUCAUCGAUCUGGGAGUCCACUGAUGCACCUGUCCAUCAAGGGUUUUCUAAAAAGAAAAAAAAUGGAGAAAGUUGCAGCAAUGAAGUCUGACGCUCCACUCUGUUUGGAUGAUGGUGAGAGGAGCAGGCAGACGUGUGGAGACCUACCUCAGAUGACUUUAGCAGACGGGGAGAGCGCGGAUCUGCUGCAAUGCCAGGAGGACAGCGUAAACAGCUCUGCUCUGAAGUACAGAAGAUACGGGUCUAGCCUGAGUGGUGUCAAAGUUCGGCACAAAAGACAGGUGCUCCAGAACAUGGCCCGUCCCCUGAAACAUUGGCUUUACAAGCACAGAGACAACCCCUACCCGACAAAGACCGAGAAAGUCCUAUUGGCUUUGGGUUCUCAUAUGACUCUGGUGCAGGUUUCCAACUGGUUUGCUAAUGCCAGGCGACGGCUGAAGAACACUGUGAGGCAGCCUGACCUGAGCUGGGCCCUAAGGAUCAAACUGUACAACAAAUACAUCCAGGGCAACGCCGAGAGGCUGAGCGUGUGCAGCGACGACACCCACACAGAUGACGAGGACUGUGCCCUGCAGUCUCCUAUCAGCCAGUCAAACUUCAGCAGGAAGCCUUCCCACAAAAGCAACGUUCUUGCCAUCGCCGACUGCUCCAACAUUGACGACAGCAUGUCUCCGCCGUCCAAGUACAAGAGCAGCUUGUUGAAUCGCUACCUGAACGACAGCCUACGGCACAUGAUAGCGGCGAAGGCGGAGGGAAUCUCAUCAGCCCGGAAAAUCCGGAGCCACUCUGCGUCCUAUGACUGUGAUCAAGAUGUUGUCUCUCCAGCUUCCUCCUCCGAAACAGAGGCCAACUUUGUCUACCACAUGGAUGCAAUGGAUUGGACUUUGACUGAACGUGACAGGCAAGUGCAACUCUUCUUUGUUCUGUGUCUGGUGUCAACUUCUUCUGGAGGUGAAUCUCUACAAAUCAUUGUAAUCAUGUGACAGAAUCCACCAGCAGGACCGAGGCAAACCAGGUCGGGACUGCCAAGGCUGGAAGGAGAUCCGUGCCGCCGUGGCUCUUACCAGCUUGGCUCAGGGGCAGAGCGGCGCUCCGAUGCCAGGUGCCUCCAGCUCAGAAGCAUGGAGGAGCGCCGUCCGGACCAGGGUGUGCAGUACCGGAGCUGCAUCUGCUCUGCAGCAGACAGAGGGGACCACUCUCACCAGCCGCAUCAUCCAGAAAUCCUCUCAUAUCUCAGAGGUGCAGACUGUCAAAGUUUCCAGCUGUGGGUAGACACCGAAUGUGUUUUUAAUGCUGACAAACGUAUUCCAUCAUUAUAGUGUCAAAUCUAAACACUAACCUAAAGUUUUUUUUUUGUUUUUUUUUUUUGUAAUCAAUGUUGCUCUGUGGCAUUAAGUUAUAUUACCUCUUUAAGAGACUGGAUCCUCAUCCAAUGACAAAGCAGUUAUUUGAAUAAAACCAGUGUCAAAUGUUCUGUUCAGCUUCUGUUUUAAAUCAUUACUGUGACCAAGACCGCACACUUACAUUUUACAGAGCUAUUAUUUAGUGGUAGACUUCAUAUUUGCAGACAUCAACAGUUUCAGUACAGAUUUCCAAAUGUUGGAUUGUGGGAUUAAGAGGUGGCACAUAGAGCUGAAUGUGGACAUGCAGAAAUGUGCACAAAUCUAAAGUAGCCCUCAUUUCUCUAGGUUGUUUCCAAACACUCAGUUUCUUGUGAUUCUUUUAGAAAUUAUUCAGUCAUUUCUAAAGAAUAUUCAGAAUAUGUCAGAAUUCCCAUUCUAUCUACAGUAACCUGGAUUUUAAAAGCAAUUCUGACACCAUGCUCAUCACUUUUUAAAUUUUUUUAUGGCAAGUAGGACGUCACCCAUUUCACAAAGUGAAAAUCGAAUCAAUACGAACAUUUUACAGCAUCUAUUUAUGACUCCAUUGUGUUCUGAGGAUGAAAACAUUGGUGGUUUAUUAAAAAUGUACAUAAAAACAUUUUUUUUUUCAAAAAAUUGUUGAAGUAGUGAGCAUU